AAGAUACUCAACAUGCCUGUACCAGUAGGAGGAGGUUUGGCCGGGCCCUCGGCCUUUGACAAGUUCAAGAUGGGGGCUAUGAUGGGUGGCACGGUUGGUGUUAUCAUUGGUUUCAUAUUCGGUUCCGUCAACAUCAUGCGAUACGGAGCUGGACCUAAUGGGGUCAUGAGAACAUUGGGACAAUACAUGAUGGGUUCUGGUGCAACUUUUGGAUUUUUCAUGUCAAUUGGAAGUAUGAUCCGAUCAGAUACAAUUUCCCAGCAAGCCGCAGAAGCUUUUGCUCGUUCACGGCGAAGACCGAUUAUUAUGCCGCGACAAUACCAACCUUCGUCGAAAGAAUAAGCAAUGUACAACGAAAUAGGAAAACAAUGAAUGGUGCUUCAUUCCGGCACAAUGGCGUUAUUAUAUAUUGGGGGGAGAACUUGGAUGGCGAUCAACUAUCAUGAUCCAUCUGGCACACAAGCACGACUCGCAGCUCCUAUUGUGUUCUAUGGGUUGUCGAUGUGUGGAGCUUUUGAGCUUUGUACCAAAAUAUCAUCCAAUUAUACCCAACAUUCUCCUUCUCCAUUUUCAACCUCCACGUCAGCCAUAUAUAUACUUUUUCGUGUGCUCUCACACAGACAGCGUUUUAUUGAUUUUGUUCUCUGGAUUUGGAACUUCUCUUUGGGCUGCUUUCGUCGUCGCCGUGCCUUCAGUCUGGGGUAGCUGUCACCUGGUUCUCUUUUGCAAGCUCUCACCACAGUUAGCAUCGCAACAUCGAAUAUCAAAAGUGUUAGAUG